CUUUGGCUCUAGUCGAUUUCGCGCCCUGGGUCUCCUCCUCCGAUCUUCGUCUUCCUCAUCUUCCUCAUCCUUCUUACCCUCUUCACCCUGCAAUGGCACGGAAGUACAAGAGGAACCACAAGCGUCGGGUGGUGAUCAGCGAAGGCAAGCGCGGGCCGGCCUUCUAUGAUGCAGCGACCUGCGUGGCCAACUGGGUCCACAGCAAGGUCGCCGUGAGGGACGAGCGACGUGGGCGUGGAACACCGGAGAAGCUGGCGCGCGACGUGUGUGCUGCCGCCAUGGCAGUGGCGGACAGCGGCACCGCCACAGAGGACCACCUUUGCGCGGCAGGGUGUGUCCUGUUUCGCGGAAGGCGGUGCGCGCAGGUCCUGUGGUCACACAUCCUGCACUGGGAGGGGUUCCAGGAGCACGACCCCGACGAUUCAGUGUACAACAUAGCCAUUCCACGGGCCACGGGCCGCGUCACAGUGGCCCAGGCGAUGAAGGCUGUGUCGGUGCAUUCGUGCUUCCACGUUGCCCACGAGGGCGCGGGUCUUUCGGUCGACCCGCUCACGGCCUCCAUCACGACGCUGGUUGGCAAGCUUCGGCGGCGGGGGUUUUGCGAGGACGAGCUCGUGAAGGUGGCUGCCCUCCUCGCUUUCACCACCUCCGUGGAUGUCGUCGAGGACUUCUCCGCGCGGCUACGGAAGACGACGAUCCUUGCUGCUGUGAUCCGCGGUCGGGCGAACUACCUCCACGACUUGGGCUACAAGGCCUUCCUCGGACGGCAGGCCGGCGGCCCCCACCGCAACCGGCACCAGAGCUCCUUGUCCGCCGAGGACAUGCAGGUGCUGCUGGUCCGACUCGACCGGGUCGUCGCUGGCGGCAAGGUGUACUUGGGCCAGCUCGAGGAGGCCUUGCGCAGCGACUUGAUGCUGCCGCACGUGUGCGACAUCCUCAUGUCGAUGGGAUUCGUGCACUUGGACGGACCGUUGUCGACCCACUCGUCCACGAACGUCAAGAUGGCGCAUGAUAUUUUCAAGGACCUCGGCCAGGCGGGCCCAGGCCGCGCUGCCUGGGUCGCCGACGUGUGCAGCGACCUCGUCGGCAUUGUCGACGCAGAGCUCGGCCGCGGCGCAGGCCGGAGCAAGAAGGACCUGAAGUACUUCGCUUUCCUGGGGUCUGUGAGGGCUCUGCUGAAUCUUUUCAGCGUGGUAUGCACGGCUCUCGGGGGCGCGUUGGGGAGCACCGCGAAGCUGCGCAACGGGGCCGCGAGCCCCGUGAUGGUCAAGAAGGCCGUCGUGGCCAAGCUCAGUGCCACUGCAGACAAGAAGCGCGCAGGGGGACGCGCGCAGGGCCGCGGGACCCAGCCA